UAAGGAACGUAAUCCCUAGUGAUCACUUUCUCUCUCUUAUAUUUCUCUUCUAAGCCCAUGAGUGAAAGGUUGUUAUUAAGAGCACUGAAGGGUGGUGAAAACACUAAGAUCAUUACCUUGAAUGGGAAGAAGAUAACAAAGAUGCCCUCAGCAUUAGGAAAACUGCCUGGCCUGAAGACUCUAGAUCUUCAGAAUAACCAAAUCCCCAAGGUGUGCCCGGAAAUAAGCACCUUGACCCAGUUGACAGUACUAAAUCUGGGAAAUAACCUUUUGGAAGAAAUUCCGGAAGAGGUGAAAUACCUUACAUCCCUGAAGAAGCUUCAUUUAUUUGGAAAUAAGAUUUGUAAAUUUGCAUCUGGAGCAUAUGAUGGCUUACAAAAUUUGAUUCUGCUUAAUCUGAACAACAAUCAGCUCACAUGGAUUCCUCAAGAAGUCAGCAGAUUAAAAAGCCUUAUAUAUUUGAGUAUGAAUCAUAACCAGCUAGCCAGCAUUCCUAAAGAACUUUGUUUUCUUAAGAAUCUUUCUGAACUUCAACUUAACUACAAUCAGCUCAUUUACAUACCUGAAGAGAUUAAGUUCUUGAAGAAGCUCCAGAAGCUUCUUCUGGUGGGAAACAACAUUGAAGUUUUGCCAGAGGAACUUUGCGAUCUUAUAAACCUAAGAAUCCUAGACAUAGCUGGAAAUUUUAUUCAGACAUUUCCUUCAGGAUUUCAGAACCUGAAGCUAAAGGAAUUCUACUGUGAAGGAAAUCCACUGUUCCUGAGGCAGCCAGUUAAUGCUGUACAACAGGAAGACGCCUGGAGUCUACAGGAAAUAACAUCAAGAUUUAUAAUGAAUGAACUAGCAGUAAAGAAACCUUUCAUAAUGCACGUCAUAGAACAGCACCCACAGGUCAGGAACAUAAUCUCUCAGAGAAGAAAAUGUGCAAUAUGUGGAAAUUACUUUUUAACAAUAUGGCUGGAAUGCGUUGAAUUUGUUCCUCCACCAAAGAACUGGAAGAUAAGCAGAAAUCUACAGCUGGUACCUCUUCGAAUAUUAAUUUGUUCUUACAAAUGUUUUAAUCAACGUGGCCCUAACCUCUUUGGAAUUGCUCAAGUGUAGAGUCGGUGAGCAGCUCAUUUAGAGCCU